CCCAUGGUGACGGCGACGGUAUACUGUGCGCCCGCACCGCUGCGCUACGCUGCACUCGCGGUUUACUGCCUCGGAAGUCUUCUCGGACUGUAUAAAGCGAUGCGCGCGUGGUCGCCAUGGGAGCGGAGGCUGUGCUUCGCAGCGCCGUUUUGUAUGCGGCUGCUGUUGGCGGGGGCGCGCGCCGCUCGGCUCGGUGGCGGCAACCCUCACGCCAUUUUACAUGUCUUCUUACAAGACGCGGUCUCCCUGGGCGGAGGUGUGAUAGGGGCGAUGCACAUACCAGAAAAGUGGUUCCCCGGCGCUGUGGACCGUUGUCUUAACUCCCACAAUAUUAUGCACGUACUUGUCGUCCUAGCAGUCUACUCCAUGCACCAGGUGACCACAUUAGACCUGGCGUGGAUGUCGCGUGUGGACUGCGACGCGCCGCUGAGCCUCUGACGGUGAUAGCCGGCCCCUUCCCCCUGUCUGCCACAUUGCUGCACACGCACGUCUAGUGCUCACCAUACUCACUUUACCAUACGACAUGUUAACUAACGUUGUCGGUAAAAACAUAAAUCGAUUGACUUUUUAUUUUUAGAUUGAAAUUUAUUAUUUCAUAUAAAAAUCAAUCAAGUUGAACGUUGAACUUUGGUUUAAGAUAAGUAAAUAUAAAUGAAUACAAAACACGAAACAAUUAUGUAAUUGAAGAAAUACCGCAUAUGUAAUUAAGUAGGUAUAAAUAGAAGGAAGUAUGCAAACAAAUAUGGGAAAAACCUUACAACUGCAUGUUGUGGUCCAUUUUUCUACGUAUAAACCAGAUAAUAGAAUUGAGUUCGAAGAAAAUGGCCAUAACAUAUGAUAAGGAAUACUUUAUACAGAACGUUUAAAUGUUGAUCAAACUGGACAUUUCAUGGAAUAACGAAAUCUAAGACAUGUACACAACAUGUUGAUUGACGUCACAAAAUUAAUUCAAACUAUGUAAUUAACGAACACGUGUUGCAACUCUUCUAACGAUUUAAUUGUUAUUAUUGUUUAUAUUAACUUCUGUUAAGAAAUACACCAAAAGAAUCUAAACCCUAAAUGAUAGUAAACUACAAAGUUUUCUUGACGAAAUUCUUCUAUUGUGAAACUCAUUCAGAAACGCUAUAAAUCUGUGUAAAAUGUUUCUUCCAUAGAUUAUGAAUUUGAGCAGAGUUGUCAGAAGACAAUAUGACGGCCUACGUAUGCGUCGUAAUUACACAUUAAUUGUUUUAAUAUUUAAAUAGACGAGGUAAAUGAUAACAAUAAAUACUUUAAUAUUUGUAGACAUUACAUAUAGAUAGACACGGCUAUUAAAACUAUGUUAGUGAUAAAGUACAAUUAUAAUAAAGUGAUUUAUGCCAGAACUAGUCGAUUAUGCAUUUUAGGUUUAUCUAGAUAAAUUUUCAUAGAUUUUUCGUUGUAAGUUAAAUGUUAACCGUUAGAUAAAUUUGUAAAUUAAUAGUUAUAGAUAAGCUUAUUUAGAAAGUUACGGAUAUCACUUGAAUGAACUUUAUUAGUGCUUAGUUCAGUGAUUCUCAACAUUUUUUUGUUGCGCCACAUAUUUAACGAUUUCAA